GAGGAGAGGCGGAGGAUUGGCUCAUUCCAACAUGCGCACGGAGAGGAGCGCAGUCCGAUGGAGCAGCGGCGGUUCCUCUCACACUAAUGAACGCACGCACGCACUUUAACGUGACACCGAGGAGCUUUUAGGAGGAAAACUCCAUCCAUCUGACAGACGCGAUGGACGCGUCGCCGCUGCUCUUCAUGCUGCUGCUGACCAAAGGGCUGUCGGUGCAGAUGUGCGACGUGGUAAACGAGAUCGAGCUGGAGCGAGAGCGCUGUGAGGAAAACUCUCUCGGGAACGUCUCUUCAGGUUGCCCGGGCAUGUGGGAUAUCAUCGCCUGUUGGCCUGCAGCCACAGUUGGAGAGGUCGUCACGAUAACUUGCCCCACUUACUUCAGUUACUUCAGCGACGAGCACAAAGGCAACCUCUCCAAAACCUGCACGGCGGACGGCUGGACGCAGAUGCAUCCCAUUGACAUCGCCGUGAACUGCGGGUACAAUCUCAACAGCACCAGCGACGAUGGAAAGUUUUUCUGGCAAGUGAAGAUUGGCUACACUAUUGGCUACAGUGUUUCCCUCAUCUCUCUCACCACAGCCAUUGUGAUCCUCUGCAUCUUCCGGAAGCUCCACUGCACGAGGAACUACAUCCACAUGCAUCUGUUUGUGUCGUUCAUCCUGAAGGCCAUCGCCGUGUUCGCCAAGGACGUCGUCCUCUACGACGUCGGGGAGGUGGACAACUGCUCCUCGGGCUCUGUCCGCUGCAAAGUAGUCAUCGUGUUCUUCCAGUACUGUAUCAUGGCCAGUUUCUUCUGGCUGCUGGUGGAAGGCCUUUAUCUUCACGCAUUGCUGGCGGUCUCUUUCUUCUCCGAGAGGAAGUACUUCUGGGCUUACAUUCUGAUCGGCUGGGGUGGUCCAACAAUUUUCAUCACAGCUUGGAGCAUCGCCAAAGCCUACUUUAACGACGUGGGGUGCUGGGACAUAAUCGAGAACACCGAUGUGUUCUGGUGGAUCAUUAAAACUCCCAUUUUGGCCUCGAUCCUGCUGAACUUUAUUCUCUUCAUCUGCAUCAUAAGAAUACUUCGCCAGAAAAUCAACUGCCCCGAUAUUGGAAGAAAUGAGUCCAAUCAGUACUCGAGGCUGGCGAAGUCAACCCUGCUUUUGAUUCCUCUGUUUGGGAUCAAUUUUAUCGUGUUUGCAUUCAUCCCAGAGCAGGUGAAGACUGAGCUGCGCCUGGUUUUUGACUUGAUUCUGGGAUCGUUUCAGGGCUUUGUCGUCGCCGUCCUUUACUGCUUCCUUAACGGAGAGGUCCAAGGAGAGAUCAAGAGGAAGUGGCGAAGGUGGCACCUGCAGAGGUACAUGGGCUCGGACACCAAAUACCAACAUCCCUCUAUCGGCAACAGCAACAACUUCAGCACCCAGAUCACCAUGUUGACGCGUUGCAGCCCGAAAACACGUCGGGAAUCCUCCUCCUGCCACGACGACCUGUCCAGCAUAUGAGUCACACAGGCAGAGACGCAGACGCGCAUGCCGGACCGAAUGCUUUCAUGCCACUCAUAACAAGAAAAAAUGAACACGCACUGCCUCAAAAGCACACCGCACCGGGGGAGGAUGUUGCCGCUUGAGCGUCGUGGACGAGGGGAAGUGAUGAAGUGAAAAUAGGGUGCUUUUAAUCUCCAUGCUUCUUAAAAACACUUUGGUAUGAAGUGACAAAGACACGUUUACAUCGCUUCGCACGCACAGACCUUUGCACAUGUGAACGAGAAUCAUUCGCCUCUUUGCAUGAUUCAAGAUUCAGCACACAUACAGAGUUAUUUGGUCAAUAUGGUCAACAGGUCAAUUGGGUUUGUGUUGCUCUGACUCGGGGCAAUGCAAAAUGUCACAGAUUCAUUUGGUCGGGUGAGGGAAUCCAAUUGUGGGCUGCAACAGCAUCCAGUAAUCUCAUGAAAUGAAUUAAUACUCAGUGGAUUCCCGCUGAAACAAAUGAACAAGGCUGGUGUGAGAACACAUCUCUUUUAAAAGGCAAUCACGUUUUUUUAUUGUUAGCUGGUGCAGCGACCUCACUGAGCAGGUGCCAGACAUGUUUUGAGGGUGUUUUUGAAUGUAACGAUACUUGGUGAUCGAAAUAUGCUUUAAGCAUAGUUCUAGGGUCCUAAUGGUCCUUACUGUUCAGACGGUACAGGAAGACAGAAAAAGCAAAAAGUGGUUGAUAAGUGAUUUUAAAUGCUUGUUUUUUUACAUCGGGGGACCAGUUUGGGAUUCACAGUGAUGGGUCUCAUCAGAGGCUGAUUGCUCUUUUAUCAGUAAAGUCCCUCUUGUUUUGUGUGAUUCUGAGUCUGUGGAUUGUGGUCGUUUUCAUCUGAGGCACUUCAAUCAAAUAUUUAUUGGAUCUAAUUAAAAGUGUGCAGAAACAACUAAACAACUUGCACCCUCAGCUUGUCCUCAGCUGAGAGUGACCCAACUGCCGCCUGGGCCUCAGACCUCCUGUUGCUGCCGCCGCACAGCUCGCCUACCAGCACGCCAGCAACACGCCACCAGCGCGCUUUGACUACUGAGGAACCACGGCGGGGCAAAGUGACGGCCAUCAGACCAGACACAAGGUUGUUCCUUUGUCCCUGCCACCCCGAGUAAUAGACUAUGGGCCGCAACGUCAUCACAGCGACCUGCAGUGUCGCGGUAACGUGGACUGUAGGCCGACGCCACGCGUCCAAGAUGGUGAGGUAUUGCUACCGGCUCGUUGAAGUUGACGUAUUCUUGCAGAUUGUGUGGGGCCGAAAUCUGAGAGGAAAAGCUGCCCCGCAUUACUUUUGAGCCAGCGGGUCACUAUUACAUGUUGCACCUUUAAGCAGUUAAUGAAUGUUAACAUUUUCUCUACAGUAGCCGUUUAACAAAUACAGCCAAAAUAUACAGUGUAAAAAAAAAAACAGUUAGUAUGGAUUAUUGUGUCGGAUCGUGUAUCAGUAACGUGAAUUUGACGUUUGUUCAUUUGUUGUUUGUGUAGCGGCUCAAUACUUCGCAUGACAGUGAAAUCGAAGCCGAUGCAUCACACUUUGAAAUCAACCGUGCAGACUCGCACAGAGAAGCUCUCUUUGCAGGUGCUUUGGUAGAUUCUCCCCGUUUGAAAAAUAUUUCCUCAACCCCACAUCCACCCGUCAGUUUCAAACCGCUCCACCUGAGGAGCUGGAACCUGACAAGUCGCCAGUGGAGACGACUGGAGCUUGUAUGUGGAGCACAGCGAGGUGACAGGGAUGACUGGUCCUGUCACGGCGGUGCCGUCAUCGGGCUUUUAACAAUACGAGGUCAGAAUUCAAAGUCGCUUAAGUGUUCACGCAAGAGGGAAAAAAUAGAAUAUCUGAACUGAUUUAAAGGGUCGGUGAAAUCCACACAUGCAAAUAUUGAUAUUGUUAUACACAUUAAAUGCAUCUGUAAAUGGGACGCUUUUGGUUGUGAUUAAAGGAGCGAUACAGUACAACAGCUUUUUAAAUAUUCACCUUCUGGUCGACAAGGGAGAAGAUCUGUGUGUCACUCUCACUAAAACAUUGGAAUCCGUCACGUGCGCUUUAUUUUCCCUGCCUCUUUUGUCCUGUGCUCACUUCCCUUCCUGCCCUCGUGAGUUCCAUGUGAUUGUCGGCCUCGUCCCCGAUUGUAUCCUCCUGUGUCUAAAGCGCCCGUGAAAUGUCAAACUACUACUAACACAUUAUUCCACUUUGUUUGAUGCCUGUCAGGAAAGUUGUCUUAUAAUUUGGCGAACAUGCCAAGCGACCUCUCAUAAUGGUGAAGUUAAAUAUGUCGGUAGGCCAAAAAAACACCCAAGAAUUCAAUGUUGUAAAACUGCUGUUUCUAGAUCUUUUGGUGUUUAAGUGAUGUGGUUGUUUUGUAUCAGUGAAAUAAUAUUAAGUGAUAUUGAAUAAACAAUUGUUCUAUGUGUAACUAAUUAGCUUUAGUAUUCAGUCCUGGAGCAUGUUAAGUAUAUAUUUGUUUCUCUGCAAAAUGGAUAUUAUUAUAUUUUGAGGUUUAAUAGUUGAUUUGUUGGUGCAAUGCGUGUAAAGUUGGUUCAAUGCAUAACAAUGAAAUGGAUACAUUGAUAAAUGCAUGCAUAACAAUGUGAAGCUACAAAUGCAAGUAUUCUACGUUCCGUUGACAUUUGUGUGACAUUUGUGUGCACAUGAGGCCACAUCUAAUUCAUUUUGUACCUUGUUGCUCAAACUUGUCUUGGCGGGAAAUCAUCAUAUUUUUUUAAUCCACUGUUCGACUUAAACUGUAUGAAAUAAAUUAUUCACAAAUGUACAAGACGGGGAAAAUUCUAAAUUUGAAUUCUGAGCCGAACAAAUCACGAUCUAAAUAAUCUCAUUAGAAAAGUCAAGACUUUCUGCACCGUCAACAGUUGUGACGUCUUCACUGCCGUACUGACACCUAAUUUAAGCUCAAUUCACCUCUCUGCUACUUGGCGAGGGCUCGGCCCACAGUUGAAUCCUUUGUAUUUUUAUUUUACUCCCAGAGAGGCUCAGUUGAGCUCGGAUCAAGCUUGUUAAAUCAAAUGUUCUGAGCCACGUGCCGGGGAAAAUACUGUUCAGGUGUUUCUCAUUUUAAAUAUUCUAGUUUCUAUAAAACCAGCACUCUGCUCACAUGAACCGCCAGUAACCGUCAGACAGCUGCAUGUCUGAAAGUGGUCGGAAAGCAGCACAUUCUUUAAGAGACGCUGACAGCUCAACCCAUUUGAGUCACUCUCUCCGGCUCACAGAGAGGAAUUAACCCAGUAAAUAACUGGAAAAGUACCUUUCCUCUUCAUCGGUGUCACAGUGCCCUUAAAAGGCAAAGUGUCUGCAAAACUUGUAAUGCUUUGUAAGGGCUUCAGAUCUCAGCUCAAUAAAGACUUUUGUUCGACAUCA